GCCUCGACUGCCAGCCGUCAAUUUCUUCCCAACUACCGUUUUUAUUAAAAAAAUCGAUUGAAUGAAUCUGAAAGUUUCCAGAAACUUCCAUUGCCCAAAUACAAAGGCACCCAAAAGAAGAAAUCAAGAAAUAUAAACCGACGAAAAUUCAAAAGGAAUAAAAAAGAAGGGGAAAAAAUGGCAGCUGAGGGGGGCAACGAGAAGAAGAGAGUGAUGGUGGCCAUCGACGAAAGUGAGUGCAGCCACCACGCUCUAAAAUGGACCCUCACCAACCUUCGUGAGACUCUGACUUACCCGAUCAUCGUAUUCACGGUUCAGUCUCUCUCCGAGCUCACCAUUCUUCCCGCCGCUUCACUGGGGAACGUCUCACCGGAGUUGAUUCAGUCAGUGAGGGACCAUCAGAAGAAGGUAUCGGGGGCUCUCUUGGAGAAAGCUAAGGAGAUUUGUGCUCAGUUUGGGAUAGUUGCUGAAACAGUUGCAGAGGUUGGGGAUCCAAAAGAAGCAAUAUGUGAUGCAGUGGAAAAGUUUAAUAUCAAUCUUCUAAUAUUGGGUAGCCAUGGCCGGGGGGUCCUGAAAAGGGCUUUCUUGGGGAGCGUGAGCAAUUAUUGUGUUCAUAAUGCGAAGUGUCCUGUCCUUGUUGUGAAGAAGUCUGAGUGAAUAUUUCAGUAUUUAAUGUUGUGAUUGAGAAAAUAAAAUUGUGGAGAUGUAAUGUUAUAUGUUGGAUAUUGUACAAUUCGAUGGUUGUAACUUGGGGAACGUGACAAUGUACAAAUAGCAAUAAAGGGUGUAAACUAUGACAGAAGCUUAUUUGCAUUUUAAGUGCAUAAAUUAUGAGGACAUCUUUGUAA